UUUUUCAGAAGUUAUCGACUUAGCCCAUAUUAGGGGAGUAUGAUGCUGGUUAUAAGUUAAUUAAAUUUAUGAUAUGUGUCUCUAAGAUGCUACUUUAGUUCGUUAAAUCGAGUGCUUUUAAACCUCAUUGAAUGGUGAUGUUGAAAUGGCUUCAAUUCCACCUCCCCCACCGCCUCCUAUAAGUGCUGCCUUCAAGCCUCAUAUGCUAUUUGACAACAAAGAAGAUUUAAAGAACGUCUGUGCACAUGUAGAGUAUGAUGAAGCUUAUUUUCUGAAGGAGAUCAGAAAAAGAGUAGCAUUUUUAAGAACCAGGCUUGACAAUGCUGUUGAAGGAUUGCCGUUCUAUUCCCAUUAUGCACCAGUUGCUCCCAUUCUUCAAGACGGACCACAAUGUGGCCUCAUAGCAGUUGCCAUGGCGAUGCAUCAGUUAGAGAUUCGGCCAAAUGUAACAGUGGAUGAAAUAUUUUCCAGAGCUAAAGAGUUAGGCUUUACUAACAAUGGGGAGAUGUAUUCAGUUAGAGAUAUGGUGAGCCUGGUGAGAGACUUGGGAGCAGAAGCUAAGAUGAGUAGCAAUAUGAAAGACAGCAUGGAGCUAUUCUGCGAACAUCUUAAGCAAGGUGGAGCUAUUCUUGUGCCAUAUGAUUCUGAUAGAAACCAUGAGCCUUGCUGCAAAUGUGGCCACAAGGCACACUGGGCCAUUGUAACAGGUUUCCUGUUGGUCCCGAAAGAAUACUCAGUGGAGGAAGGCAACUCUCAGUCCCUAAUAGAUACAUGUAAUACUGCCCAGGAUAAACAAGACGGACAACUGCCGUAUCUACAAGAUGAAGAACUACCAUAUCUACAUCACUAUAGAAAUACUUAUUACAAAAUGGUAGCCCAAUGCGGUCGAAAUAUUUCAAAGGUGCCCUAUCAAGAUGCUGAUACUUCUGAUAAUGAUGCAGCUGUAGUUAGUGACACCAAUAAGACUAAUACUAUGGGUGAUAAUUUGAACACCACUAAACAUGCAUUAAAAAUCUCUGACUGUAAUCCAAGGGCAAAGCAUAGUGAGGAACAAUCGAAACACAAAAGCUUUAACGUCAAUUAUGAAGAUUUUCAAGUCUAUGUAUAUGCUAGACAAGGGAAAAGUCAGCACUUGGCUCUUUGGAAAUAUGAUGCCCUAGCAGAGAGCAAUUCUCAACUUGUUGAACUAGGGCCCGACCGUGAGUUAGAUGACAAUACUUAUAUUCUGUCUGAGGGGUCUGUUAAAGAGGGCUUGUGCAAUAAGUUUGUUAAACUUAAUGGAUGAUGAUAUUAAAAUAUAAGUUUGU